AUGAUGAUUCCCUACAAGGGCAGGAAAGCUGGAAACCGAAAGCAAUAUAUGAAAGAUAAACCAAGUAAAUGGGGUUUUAAAAACUAUGUACGUGCUGGUGUAAGUGGAAUGAUUUACGAUUUCAUUUUAUAUGCAGGUGAAGAUACCUUUCGUUCACAUAAGUUUACAGAGCAAGAAUCUUCACUUGGGUUUGGAGCACAAAUAGUUAUAGCCUUGACUCAGACAGAUAAUUUUUUCUCAUCGCCAGAGCUUUUUUACCUACUGAAAGAAAACUACGGUGUCUUUGGUCUUGGUACAAUACGAAGCAACCGGAUUAGAGGAGCUGAAAAGUUGCUACCGGAUGAAAAGAUCAGCCCGACAAGCCCCAUCAGAUUCGAUAAUACAGGACAUUUUCCCAGCACAAAAGAAGACAUGGGGCGAUGCAAGUUUUGCCAGAAAAUCACAACUGUAUAUUGUAUUAAAUGCAAUGUGAGACUUUGUUUUGUUACGGGAAAAAAUCCAUUCAAAUACAAAUUGCUUACAAAUUGUUUUUUACAUUUUCAUAAUAAAUAA